AGCUGUCUUUGCUUUUGUGGUCAAAUGUGUUAAAUUAUCCGUCACUCCAAAACGGAGAACAAAAUAAAGUAAAACAAAUCAGGAAGUAUUCUCAGAUAUGGGUGCCAGGAAUAGCAAGCCGCAAACGGUGCAGAUUAAAAAUUCAACGGCAUUCGAGAUAACUCCGGAUGUGGUGAAUAGAAUAAAUCAGGUCACCGCCAUAAGUACUGAACUCGGAUGUACCGCCUGUGAAGCAUAUAAGCAGAAACCAAUAAAAGAACCAGGUUCCGAUAUUGGGACUACGAUGGAACAUAAGCAGCAUAAUGUGCGAGCCUUGAAUCCAGUUCCGGUGGCCAAGUCCUGGAAGAAACUUUCUUUUGAAGUCGAGGAAAAAGAGUUUGGAAAGUCCUUAAAAUUGGUUCAAGAAUUAUUCGGUACACCUGUAAAAUGGGCCAAGGAUUGCGAGGGCGAGAUCGAAAAAUUCGAGGAGGAGCUAGUUCGCUGUUAUCAACGGUUUCCAAACGAACCUUUGCAGUGCUCUAAUUUAGCAAGACAGUAUCACCGAUUCGUAUUCUCCAAACAGUACGCCGUAUUAUCGAAAACUAAGACGGGUACCUUAAGAUAGGCGAUCAACGAUUUUAAGUGAGCUCCCUGGGUAGGAGUAGAACUCUAGUAGAUCUUCUUUUAUAAAGUCGCCCGCAUGAAUAAGCUUAAUAUAGUCAAUUUCAUAAAAUGUAAAA